AUGCUCUACUUAUCGUACUCCUUGAAUUUGAUCGGUUUGCUUUGGAAAUAUGAGUUUCGUGACAUGUUUAAAGGAGUACUUGAGGAUAAAGGUGAAGGGACGACCAAUUGUCGAUCAUGCAUUACAAAGCACUUGAAUGGCGAUAUGACUUGUCCGAAAUGCUCACGUCGAUUACGACCCGGCGAAUGGUAUUUGCCGGAUUACGAAUUACGGGAAAUAAUUUAUAAAACGUUUCCUUCGGCGUAUCAUAUCGAAUAUGUAAAACGUCAAGAAUUCUGCAAAGGAAAACUGAUGUCAGGAUCAGACGAAUCUGGUUUAUUCGACGAUGUUAGUUGGUUUCUGCUUAUAUUUGGUAGUUGUAAGAAAUUCGCGAAUCUGAGGUUAUAUAUAUGCGCACCAGAUGAAUUUGUAUCAUUAUGCAUUGAAUUCGUGCCUGUGAUGUUCUUAGAAAUCGACAGUUCACAGCCGAGCACACUGGCUGCAGCUGAUCAAAAGAAACGAGAACAACCAAAAAAAUCAGCUAAAUUAUUUUCAAGAUAUUUGCGAUGUAAAGCAGAAACAACGCUUAAAUCAUUAAGGUUAUUUUUGGAAGCAAAGAUUGAAGUAACUGAUUCUUAUCGACUGCAUUUUUUGGAUCCAACAUGCAAAAAUGUUCUAGAAGAGUGGUGCACUUUGCAGGAUAUUAUAGCUCAAUUUACCUGGAAUAGGAAGAAACCUUUUCGUUUAUUCUUCACACUAUUGAGGAUAAUGGAAGAGGAAAAACCACCAGUGCUUGACAUGGAGCUAAUGCCAGAACUUAUACCGGAAGAACCAAUCUCUCAUAUUCCUCAGAUUCCUCCAGCAGUUGAAACACCAAUUGAGCUACCUUCUUUAACUGUGUCAUUGAAUACAUCGAUGAUGGAAGCUGGCGCGAAUCAUCAACCGAUAAUCACAACGGGGCUUCAGCCUCCACCAAGAAAAAAGAGGAAACCUUCUUCACCAACAAAGAAAAAGCAAACAUCAUCAUCGUCUUCACCUGCACCACCACUUCAACGAAUGCUUGGUGUUUCUCCAUUGGAACGAAGUCCUCCGCAAAUUUCCAUUCGUAAUGAAAAAAUAGAUUCGGUUCAAGGGUUCACUAAAAAACGUAUGGCAUCUUUCCCAUCCAAGCCUGUUGGAAAUUUAAAUAGAGGCCGUUUGAAACCUGGUGAACAUAGACUCGUCGAGGCACUGAAGCAGCUAGCUCCUCUUCAUGAAAAAUCGAAUGAAGUCGCGUCGGAAAAAGCAAUUGUUGCAGCUGUAAAAUUAGCAGCAGGUGAAAAAUCUGUUGAAAAUUUAAGGAACCGAUGUGAUACGCCUUCUUCGACUUCUUCGGAUUCGAGCCGUGCAAAGUCAAAAACGAAAUCGAAAUCUGCUUCACACGAAACAUGUGGCUCACAAAAUAGUUCAAAUUCUUAUGAUAUGCUUUCGAGUAUCAGUACUUCAGAAAGUAAAAUUAGCAUAAAAGAGGCUGGUGAUUAUUCAUCAGAAAAUAAUAUGUCUAAAAAGGCAAAUACGCUUCCAUCUGAGACCAAUAAUUUAAACGAUAUGGUCAGAGUAAGCUCAGAUAGCGGUUUCUCCGAUGUUUAUUCGCGACCUGUUCAGUCUCAUCAUGAACCCAAGUCACAUAUCGAGAUUUUGAUGCAGAAUUAUGGCAUGAAUAAUGAUUCAAAUAAGUUUGGAAAUUCGACCGUCGAUGAAAAACAAGUUGAAAAUAUAUCUGGUUCAACCCAUAUACCUGCAUCAUUAUUUCUAGACCCGAAAGUUGCCUCACAAUCAAUAAAGCAUAUUUUAUCGAGUCGUUCUGUGCCAUUAGGUUCAGAUCCUACCUAUUUAAGGGCUCCUCAAUCUUCACCAUCAUCAGCUAUCAAUUUCUUGCAACAGCUUCAUACUUUGCAUUCAUUACACAGUCGAAUUGAUCCAACGAAUGGUGUAUUAAUGAAUAAUGGUGCUGGUAAUCACUUGAAUGAGUUGCGUAAAAAUUCGCCAAAUCCGUCAGCUUUGCCAAUUAAUACCCAUCUAAGACCUUCUACUGUACCGUCCAUAUCAUCAUCAAAAUCAUGUGAAGCCAUUGUUAAAUCUAGUCGCAACAAUAAUAAAUUAUCACCUGCUAAAUUACAGCCAAAAAAUAUUCCAACUUUAUCUAUUCCCACUGCUCAUGUUAGUCCUUUUAUGAGUCAAGGGUAA